AUGGAAUCUGAUAAACCUCCUCGAGCAUUACACUUUCCUCGUGUCGCCGUGAAAGUUGACAGUCGAAAAAAAGAAUCAAUAAAUGUCAUGUUUGGAGAAACUCCGAUUCUGAUAAAAUGUGUCAAUUUGAGUCCAUCAAGAGGUCGAUUGAAUCCACUCGUCGACUAUAUGAUGAGAAAUGGAGAAAUCGGAGAUUUGCAAGUAAAAGUUGAGAAAACAAACAAAAGUUUAGGAAAGAUUAUGGAGACUCUAUUGGAAAAGUCAGAGAAAAGUGAUUUAUCGAAUUGGAAACCGUUUUUCGAUACGAAUUGGAAUGAUCUAACAGAGAAAUUGAAGAAAAAAUGCAUUGAUUUUAUGAAUUUCAAGACUAGACUCCGCCUCCGAAAAACAAGUAAAACCGAACGGCUUUUAGUUGAUUCGCUGAAACUUGAUUUUGAUUUUCUGAAAGUUGACACUAAUGCCCGAAGGUGUUACGAAGAAUGUACUGAACUCUCAUUUCGAGAUUCCAAAUUUCGUCAGGAAGUUUACUUGAAAUUCACUGAAAUAUCGGAAUUUCAUAAAACGGCUGUUCCACUUCUCACUUAUAUUCUGAAAAUCGGGAACAUUAAUACAUUUGCAUGCGAAAUGAAUGACAUCUGGAUGUAUGAGAUGCUAUCAGAAACUAGAUGUCAACAGGAAGGAAAUGUCACGUUUCGAAUCAAGAAAUAUUUGAAUCGUACGUCUCUGGAACUGAAACAGACAUUGUUUGUAUUAGAAAACUGCGAGAAUCAGCUGAAAACUAUUGCAGUCGAUCCGAAAGAAUACGAAGAAGAGGAAUUACAGAGAUUCGUAUGCUUAUCGACGGUGGCGAACGGCCAAAAUGUGAAUAUCGGUCAUGUUUCAUUCACUUCAACAGCUAUUGGAUUGAUUGAGAAAUGGAUCGAAAAUGAAGUUGCGAUCGGGACAAAGUUCGAAUUCGAUGCUGUUAGACAAGAUACUAUCGAUGCAUUUGUUACAAAAUUUGAAGAGAGAGUCAUAUCUCGAAACAAAUACGACGAUAUGACGAUUCGUAUGGAUUCCCUAGAUAGAGUGAUUUGUAUGAAAUGUGGACCAUUUUACUAUACAUCAAUGACGUUCAUAGUUAUCCCAUCUGAUCCUCUCGAGUCAGCUCUAUUAUUUGACAAAAAGUUAUACAGUUCAACGGGUUCUGAUUCUUCUUCUGAUGAGGAGUCGGUGGAGUUUGUCAAAUAUAUUUUCGAUGAAAGUGAAGACAACGACGAGAUAUAUCAUGAACCUCUUGCUGUUACAUUGCUAAAGAAUUGA